UCUUCCCCCGACGGUCCCGGCCCCGCCCUGAUGGUCCUCCGCAGCCUCACACACACACACAGUCCGCGGACCGUCCGGUGCAGUGUUCGGGACAGAUUAACGGGCAGGAAGCGGCGGCUCGCACGGUGAGUUAACCGGACACCUGCACACGCUCCUCGGUUCGUGUGCUCGACCGACAGAGCGGACCCUGCGUACCCGGAAUCACCCGUCACCAGGGCGGAGAACUUUCCGGUGGCUCCUCUGUUUUGUUCCCGGUCUCUGUGGAAGCAGGUUGAUUCCUGUUAUUUGAGCUUCGGGGUGAAACGGUUGGCUGGAGGUCUGCAGCAGGAGACGCUUCCCAUCCCCAGCAGGGACAGCAGGCUUUCAGGGUUAAACUGCAGCCUCCUUAACCAGGAAACCGCUUCAGUGAUCCAUGUUGGAUUGGUGAGUGUACCUGUAACCUGGUCCAGCUCUUGGGGGUCAGGAGCUAGUUAAGACCUGACGCAGGAUCUGGCUGUGGACUCAUAAUAAUCCUCUAAAGAGCAUUAGCGGGCUAAGUUUGUCCCUGGACUGUGACAGACGGUGAAAAAAGGCUCCAGGUCUGCUCACCAUGAUGCAGAUAUCUGACUCCCACAACCAGAAGAACUCGCUCUUCAAUGCCAUGAACCGCUUCAUCGGCGCCGUCAACAACAUGGACCAGACGGUGAUGGUGCCCAACCUGCUGCGGGACGUCCCACUGGACGACAACGGGGACAUGAAGGCGGUGAGGACGGCCAAUGGCGCCACCACCGCCUACUUCCACCAGGAUGCCGACAUGUACAGCUCCUACGUCCUGCUCAAGUCCAUCCGUAACGACAUCGAGUGGGGCGUCCUGCAGGAUGACGGGUGGGGGAAGGACAGGCCGGGGGUGGAGGAGGUGUCGAGGGCGGGGGUGGAGGAGGACGACCUGGAGAAGCAGUUUCAUUACCAUCUGAAUGGACUCCACACGGUUCUGUCCAAACUCACACACAAGGCCAACACGCUCACGAACCGCUACAAGGAGGAGAUCGGCUGCGGGAACUGACCAAGCUCUUCAUCAUGUACAGUUCUAAACAACCACUCAGGCGUUUCAUACCCGUUUCAGCUCAUUAUUUACAAGUCAGACACACCUUUAGAGCCGCGUUGUCCUUUCAGCGUGUAUCAUUUCAGAUUUUUCAGGGCUGAUGUUGAGAUGACGCCUGUUCAUUCAUGUUUAAAAACCACCUGAAACAUCGUCUGUUACAGUAAAAGUUUUGUUUUGUUGCUGAUGCUGAGCUGUUUGAUUUAAACAGGUACUUAUUCAUAUAUAGUUCAUUUAAACUGAUCAUUACUUUGUGUUGCAGAACAAUGAUUUUUCUGCUUUUACUGUCUUUGAUUAUUUUGUGAGCUUCAUAAAACCAGACGGGGAACCUGUCAACAGAAGUGAACAAGAUGAAGAACUUUGCUCGACAGUAACUUUUUAAACAGGCUCACCAACAAUUUCACACAUCGAGACCAGCUUCCUGGUCACGGUGAGUCCGGAGGCCGACCUUAAAUUCUCUUUAUCAGUGUUUGUUGUUGACUUUCUGAUAAUGAUCAGCAGCCGACUAUCAAAUAUUAACAAGGAGUUUCCUCGUCAGUCUCUGCUUGAGAAGCUGGUUUUGAACGACACCGUCCAGUCAGCUGAACAGUGGAUGUGGUUUUACUGGAUUAUGUCCCUGAAGUUCAUGUUCGUAGAAAAGGAAGGAAGGAACUUAACCUGGAAAAAGUUUGUUUGGAAAAUGAUCCAUGUUGAAAGGACGUUUGUAUUUAAUGAGCUAAAACUGUAUGAAACAACAUUUCUGUUCAUCACAAAGGGACUGAUAUGGAGAUCAGGCAGAUAACUGAUGGAGUUGUUUGUCUGACUGUGGGUGUUUGGUUGUUUGCACUGUGCUUUCAGGGUUUGUGUGUGUCCUUAUGCUUGUCCUCUCUCUGGACGUCCUUCAUUUCAUGCUGUAAAUUUAAAACUAUGCAAACAGACUGAGAGGGAAAGCUGCACGGUGUGAACCUCUGCACAGGCCAAACAGGACUGAACACGUUUAGGCUGCAGACGCACAAACUGAGCAGCAUGUUGUCUAAGUCUUAACCUGCCCGACCUGCUCCAGGGGUUUAUCAUCAAUCCAGCUGAAAAUGAUCAAUUAUAACAUGUAAUGUCAUCAUCUGCCGCGUAUCUGGGUCCAGGCACAGGUCGCGGGGGCGACUGCCGCCCGGUCCACAAAGCAGCGAAAAGAAUAACUGGUGUGAAAAUGAUAAUGUAACAUCCACAGAACUAUGCAUUUUUCUAUUUAUUGUCCAACCUGCCAAUUAAAGGUUUUGAUGAGUA